UGUCAGGGGAGAGUCGAGUGGCCGCAGUUCGUCCGAAGAAGUUAUACCGAAACUUCCCUAAUAAUGUGGCACUGAAGAUGAGUCGACAGCAGGACGAGCAGGGUGUCGUGUUAACCGCUUACACCAGCAACACUGAAGCCGUGCUGAGAGCAAAGGAAGAGCAAACGGACUUUCUAGGAGCGAGAUGUACAGGUGUGUUCCUCGAUCAGCAGCUGCGAGCCCAACUCCCUCUGGGAUCCUGUCGGCCGGAGCACAGCGGCCUGGGGAGAAGCCGCAGGACCGGUCAGUACAAUGUCCAGAGGAGCAGAGGCCCCGACAAGGCCCCGUACCAGCGCUGCAGCUCGCAGGACUCUCUGGACGAGCAGGUCAUGGUGGACUACUUUAAAGAGCUGGAGAUCAUCCAGCGCAGCGGAGACGCGGAGACGCAGGAGGACGAGCAGCUGAAGGUGGCCGACGAGGGCGAGCAGGAGGAGGCGUGGCUGAUGGAGGCGGGGCUAGCGACGCUGUUCGACGAAUCGGCAUCAGGCGGCGAGGACAGCAUCGCUCUGCUGUCGACUCUGACCCGAACGCAAGCGGCCGCCGUGGCGAGGCGUGUGGAAACGCUGAAACAGACGCUACGCAAGCGGAAUAAACCAUAUACUAUCCCAGAUGUCCGAGAGAUCUUUAAACCAUCACCUGAUUCACAAAGUAAACAGGACGAGGCCGAAUCCACAGACAGAAGUGGGAGCGGGAAACUGGAAGUGGAAGGAACGGGUAACGGGGCGGGGCCUGAUGCUGACGCCGAGACGGACAUUAACCUGGAGGUGUCGUUCUCCGAGCAAGCGCUUAUCUACAAAGAAGGGUUGAAGGUCACCCAGCCCCAGAGCGAGGCCGACGACAGGUUACCCGACUUCAGAGUGUCUCAGGAUAAGACGGGACAGACUAAAGUAGGCGAUCUCUCCGCUGAGGACAUGAGGAAAGUUCACAGACUGGUCCUUAUCGAGAUGAGCGCUCUGUUCGACACGUGUGGAAUCGAGGUGAAGGCCCAUAAAGCGCUCAAGGUCAAAGUGAGAGAGUCGGGUUUGUUUGGCGUUCCUCUCUCUACGCUCCUGGAUCAGGACCAGCGGAGGAUCCCAGGAACCAAAGUGCCUCUCAUACUGCAGCAUCUGAUCUCCCACAUCGAGGAGCAGGGUUUGGACACGGAGGGAGUCCUCCGGAUACCCGGAGCCGCCACCAGAGUGAAGGCCGUGUGUCAGGAACUGGAACACAAGUUUUACGAAGGCCUGUUUCCAUGGGAGAGCCUGAAGCAGCACGACGCGGCGAGUCUCCUGAAGCUGUUCAUCCGAGAGCUGCCGUACCCCCUGCUGACCGUCCAGUACUUCACCGCCUUCACCUCCGUGCUGAAGCUGCCCACUAAGAAACAGCAGCUACAGGCGCUCAAUCUGCUGGUGCUCCUGCUGCCAGAGCCCAACAGACACACUCUCAAGGCUCUGAUGGAGUUCUUCCAGCGCGUGAUCGACCGCAAGGACAGGAAUAAGAUGACCCUGAACAACGUGGCGGUGGUGAUGGCGCCCAACAUCUUCAUGUGUAAGGGCUUCCGCAGUAAGAUCAGCGAACAGCAGGAGUUCGCCAUGGCCGCCGGCACUGCCAACAUCGUCCGGCUGCUGAUCCGCUACCAGAACCUGCUCUGGACGAUUCCCAAGUUCAUCCUGAAUCAGGUGCGCAAGCAUAACACGGAGAACCAGAGGAAGAUGAACCGAGACCGAGCGGUGAAGAAGCUCCUGAAGAAGAUGGCCUACGACCGCGAGAGAGCCUCCGACAAACAGGAGAAAAGCAACGAGGCUGACGGAGGCUUCAUACGGGUUCAGGCGCCGCAGUUCUCCAUGGUGUCCAUGGCCGUUCAGCUGACGGAGGAUUUGAAGGCCUCGGAUGUGCUGGCACGCUUCCUCAGCCAGGAGAGGUGUGUGUCUGUGAGGAGAGAGGAUCUGUGUCUCUAUGAGAUGGGAGGAAACAUCAAGGAGAGAUGUCUGGAUGAAGAGACGUACAUCAAAGCGCUCCUGGAGCUCAACCCCAGUGCAGAGUGGGUCAUUAAAUCUGUCCAGCACUGAGCCACGACUACACAAGCCAAUCCGCCCAUCACGCCACGUGCCUCACACACCACAGGGGUGUGUCCAACGGGGAACCGCAGUUCUUCAUCAGGCGUACGGUCCAUCCCGUCCUCUACCGACACGGCACAUCUCUCUCCCGGGACAGAACCCACACACACACACACACACACACACUUCUCAUGAGACGCGAGUGGCAGUUCUACAUACAGCAUUUGUACUAGAAGCCAAAAUUUUGUCAGGUAUAUCACAUUUCAUUGCUUUCAAGGGACAGAUUGUUUGAUUAGUACUAGAACCAGACGUUUUCUCAAAAACUCACAAAAAAUGUCCGGGUCAUAUUUCACAUCGGAAGAAGAGAGAGAGAAAAAGAAACGAUGAUUUGCGAUGAUUUGUCAUGAUUAAACACAUUACCCUCCAAUGUCUCAUUACUGUGUGCAUCUUGAACUUUUUCUUUUGUAAUUCUAUUUAUUCUCAUUAGAUUAGAUUCUCACCACUACUGAUGGACUGAAAUAAAUAUGUAUAUGUGUAUAUACACACACACUAUAUUGUGUUUUUGUAAUUUAGAAAAUACAGUCCAUACAGAAAUAUGACCUGAACAUGAUCUUUAUAGGUUUUGAGAGGUGCACCUAGCCACAAAUCUCAUGCCUAUGUCAUUUAUAUAUAUAUAUAUAUAUAUAUAUGGUCUCGGAUCAUUUAAGGACUGAGGUACAAUUACAUUUCUUCUUUAAACGUGAUUAUAUGUGAAUGAUCUCUUGUAGUAUUGUGGCAAUCCCUACUUUAAAUCAGUCACAUGACCAUUUCCCCAGCUCUCACUGCCAAUAAAAUGUCUCUGUAUUACCUGUUCGGUCGCUCCCAGGGAUCUUGAAUGUGCUUUUAUUCAUGUUGGAGAAAAUAAUGUUGCUUCAAGUGAAGGGAUAUUGGAGAUCUUUAAAGGAUUGGUGUUUCUCAGCUUAACACACCUGAAAAAGUACGUCCGUGGAGGGAAACACUUGGCACUAACACUGACCUCUGUUAUUUCAAUGAGUAGUUUUGAGCUGUGAUUUUUUAAAAACUAAUACAUCAAUUGCUGAUGUUAUGCUUUUACUGUGAACAUGGCUGAAUAUGACUGUUGCUGUAUGUUAAAUGCUUCUCAAAUAACCACUAAAUGUUUUUUUGUUUUUUUUGUAAAUAAAUGUGUAAUUCCUCAA